UAUGGCUGCGCCCAUGGCAUGGAUGUCAAGUAUGCACACUAUUUAUGUCGCCAUUGUCCAGUCAUUAUCAAACAGACUGCAAAUGAUGUCAAUUUAACAUUAGUCGACCAGCUACGUUCAACGUCUCUGCCCCCAUCUACAAGUUAUCGACACUGGAUAACCUGCAUCAUGGAACAAGGCAUUAUCAGACGCAGUCAAAGGAUGCAACGUUCGUUGUGAGUGGCGAGCUGCAUGGUCAAUGUUACUGUACGUUAUGUCCUUCACAAUAGAAACGUGGCAUUGUCUGUCUUCUGAAAACCUUGAAUAAGGAGUUGACACUCAAUUAUCAUCAUAAAAUGUACCCUUCAAAAGCAGCAGUUGAAGUGAUCCAGUUGGGUCGUAUUUCCUAUGGGCGUGCAUUACAGGUACAGCAACUCUAUGUCAGGAGACAUCUGGAUUCUAAAGACAAAUUGCACAAUGCGCUGCUAUUAUGUGAACACCCGCCAGUCUACACCAUUGGAAUCAGACAGGCACUAUACCCAUUCGAAGAGGAGCAAAGACUCAAACUCCUUGGUGCUGAAUUCUUUCGUAGCAACCGUGGCGGACUCAUAACUUUCCAUGGUCCAGGGCAGUUGGUGUGCUACCCAAUACUCAAUUUGGGCUGCUUCAAGAAAAGCGUGCGAUGGUACGUGUGUGAGCUGGAGAGGACUGUCAUCAACCUUUGCAGAAAGUAUGGGAUAAGAGCAUCCACCUCCCCAAACACUGGGGUCUGGGUUGGAGACAACAAGAUAUGUGCCAUAGGAAUCCAUUGUGGGAGAUACAUAACAUCUCAUGGCUUGGCACUGAACUGCAACACAGAUAUGGGCUGGUUUGAAAACAUUGUGCCAUGUGGGAUUGUAGGGAAAGGUGUCACAUCCCUCAGUCAAGAACUGGGAAGAGAUGUCUCUAUUGAAGAAUCCAUCCCACCACUGCUGGAAACUUUCAGUGAUCAGUUUGACUGCACACUGCAUCAUGGAGAAUAUUCUAAUAAUGAAUAAACACUGCUCGGUAAAUUUAACAUGUAUAUUUUCACAAUCAUAAAAUGUUCUCUCCCUC